AUGACCUGGCCGCUCGGCGUGGGCGUGCCGUCUCCGGGCUUGCCCGUGGUCGGGUCCCGACGCCAUUUUACGGCGGCAGCCACGGCCAGAGCGAUGGCCCAGGACUUCAGAAACAAGACCAUUACAGAGUUCUUCAAACCAAUUUUAAACCCAGACCUUGGCCACAAAGACAGAACUGUGUUGUGUUCACCAGACAGAGGCAAUAUCAGAGAUGCAGGAAUUGGACUGUCAGUCCAACGUUUUGAAAAGAAAGUAUCUUCUCCAAAGGUCAGAAGAAAAAAGAUGCCAGACCAAACACCAAACACAAGUCCUGUGGUAGAUGCAUUUUGGAGAGGAAUUAAGAGGAAAAAGGACAGUGUAAACACUUUAGAGAAUGGCAAAGCAUGCAAGGCACUGGGUUUGUUGUGCCCAAAAGUCGUGGUUCAAAAACUCCUUGUUACCAGAGGGUCUCACAGCUAUUUCUUGGCCAAAAGGGACAAAACUGUCAAGUCAGAACAGGGAAGAAAUGAGAAGUGUCUGGGUGUAACAAGCACACCAUUGUCUUGGAACAGUUGGGAACAGCAAACUGACUGUAUGGAUCUAGUUGAGGCUGACAAAUGGCUUUCAUCAUCGGAAGCUGAUACUUGGAAAGCCUGUGCUAGAUAUAAUGGCACUGUGAGCAGCACAUCUCUGUGCCAAGCCCCACAUCUUCCCAUGAAAUUGUCUGGCGUGCCAACUGACUCUGAAUUUAGGUUGUCACUGGAAGUUCUCAGCAGAGAAAGGAAGCAGAAGAAACAUAGAAUGAAACAAUCUAAGCCAUAUCCUGUAAAGCCAUUCUCGGGAGCAAGUGAAUCACAUCAAGGAAAUGGAUGUCCUUUAAGAAAAAUACCACAUCCUGGUUCAAGGGAGACUGCCUCAGAUGACCCAUCUCAACCAAAGCAGGUUUCAAAACAUGAGACAUCUUCUCCAGGUGCACUGAAAACAUCAUCUGAGAUGGCUGCUGGUAUGUGGAAAAGCCAGUCUGUUUCUCCAUGCUGCCUUAGAUUCAAGAUGUCUUCCGGGCGAACCAAGCAAAUGGAAUUUCCUGGGAAAAGAAAACGCACUGCUAUGAAUAUGGAUGCAGACCGUUCAAGUCAGUCUGAAGUAUCAAGUUUCAACGACAAGGCUUUUAGCAGAUCAUCUGCAAAAUGCAAGAAUAGGAGGCCUAACUUUGUAAAAACUACCUUUUUGAAGUCUACCUGUGGUGAUGUUCUGCAACUAAUGGAGGCUGGCUCUUUACCUAGACGUGAUUCUGCUCUUCCAGAGGAAUACCUCAGCUCAAGUGAUAAAAGUGAGAAAAAUAAUUGCUCUGUCAGUUUGUCAUCUUCAUAUUCUGCAUACAGUCCUGGCAAAAAUAACUGUAUUUCUGUUGUGGAUACCAAAGAGAAUCAAUUGCAGGUGGCUAACUCACACUUUUUCUUGGAAAAGUCCCUUCCUUUUUCUCAGGAAAAGAGUACUGUGUUGCCUUCUCUUCACCACUUAACACAAACAAAAGUUAUGAAAUCUCAGCUGCAGAAUGCUGCCUUAUCUCAGGUAUUGGACACUUCUUAUAAGAAAGAGCAAGAUGGGAAAAGACCAGAAAGGCAUGCACAUGGUAAAGCUUACAGUAUUCAGUUCAGCAACAGUUCUUCAAAAACAAUAGACAAGACUUCAGAAAAUGCUUCUGUUUCUUGUUCAGUUGAAGGCUCUGGGAAACCUGCAUUCUCAGAAGAGACUGGUAAAAGUGCUCCCUGUUCAUUGCCUUUUAAAGAAGAAUGCAUAGACAGUGGCCAUCUGUCUUCACAGCUCUCAGGAGAGUUAAAAGUUGAAAGCACCUGUACAGACAAGUCCAAGUUGAAUGGAAAAUCAAAAAGCAGCUUUGACAGUGAAGAUGAGAAUUUAGAAUGCAGUCUGGAUGAUGAUGACAGCAAUGAAGACGAAGUAUUCGUGCCACUGCAUGAAAUUCUCUCUUCAAGUCCCAGGCCGCAAACAGGAACCGUGGAAGAAUUGUGUCUUGACAGUUUUGGUCAGGACACUAUGACUCCAUUAAUGAAGCUUCAUCUUUCUAAGCCUCCUGUUGUUAGCCAGGUGUCAUAUGUGAACAGCUUAGAACACCUCUUGAAGGAGAAAGAAGAAUCUAAAAGGAUAGAUGAACUAGAGAAGCGAUUACUGGACGACAUGCAAGGAGGGGAAACUGAUUCAUCAGAUGGAGAAGAUGAGAAUGCCCAUGGAGAUGGAGAUGAAGAUCUUUCAGAGGAACACAGGGCAUUUAUAAAGAGAUUUUCAAUAGUAGCUCAUGCCAUACCUAAAAGCCAUCCUGGAGAAGAUAUAUUUGAUUUAUCAACCUCCGGGAAAAUCUUCAAUCAACAUAACCUUGACUUGAGGAAUUUCUACUUCAUCCCUCAAAAUUCUAAAGAAAAGCUCCUUCUUAGUUUUGGUGUAACACAGCAGCUUUCUUUAGCUGUUAAUGGUUUUCUAAGUUCUGCUUACAGUUGUAUCUUGUGUCCCAUACCAAUUCUAAAGUGGCUUUUCCAGAUGAUGUCUGUUCAUCCUGAUUGUUGUGUUUCCACUCAGAUUUUAGACAGAUUGAUGGAGAUAACACUAAAAAAUGCUUCCAUCAGUGAUGAGCAGUCUAAACCAUGGACUCCUUCACUAGCUGAUGUGUCAACUGUUUUUGUCAAUAUGGGUGUUGGAUUUAGGUCUCUCUUUCCAUUGCAGCACCUUCAGCCCAACUUUAACGAGUGUGAUAUUUUAAGUCGGAUGCAAGAAACAGUGAGCAAACAGCCAAGAGGAGGCCUACCCUCAGCCAGUCCCUCCAUCUCCAGUCUACCAGAAAACAAUUUAAUUAAUGUGAUCAAGUUUCUAGGUUUUUGUACAACAGUAAUUCAAGGUGGAUAUACUGACCAAGAAAUAUUGCUGCUGCUUCUACUGCUGUUUAAAAUAAGCUUGGAGAAACAGUUAAAGCAAGUUCCUUUGACAGAUUUUCAGUGCCUUUUCAUAAAGCUUCUGAUGAGUAUAAAAGACUGGGAUACAAAGAUGCCUGAGCUCUGCCUGGCAGUGAGUGAACUCUCCAGCCAUCACCACAAUCUCCUGUGGCUAGUUCAGCUGGUGCCUAGCUGGAUAGUACGUGGACGGGAAGUAAGAAGACGUCUUAGCCUAGUCAUCAUUUUAAAGCUCCUUAAUAAAAAGGAUACAGAAAUACCUGAUGACAGUGACAAGCAGAUGUCUCUCCUGCAUCAGUUUCUGGUAUACAUGAAGCCUUCUCAUCUACUAAAGAAGAUGAGAGAAGAACAGAAGCAGCAGAAUGGUGAUGGAGACCCCCUUCAUACAGAGCUAGAACAGGAGGCAUACUACCUAAUCUACAUCCUCCUUCAUCUAGUCAGUGAAGCUAGUUUCUUUGAUGUUGUAAAUUCUAAUCAAAGGCAACACCUACUGAAGCUUUGUGGUGUCUUAGAUAAGCACAUAAAAUGUGAUAUUAGGGAAGAUGCAAGGCUGUUUUAUCGAACUAAGGUGAAAGACUUAGUUGCUAGGAUAUAUGGCAGAUGGCAAGAUCUGAUACAAACCACACGGCCUACUCAGGGAAAACUGCAUGACUUCUGGAAGCCAGAUUAAUGACAUCUUGCCUAGUUAGGGAAAAUAACAGGAAAACUCUGAAACCAAGGGAGGUGUAGAAUGAAUGGAGCUUCACUGUGGUCGGAACAGAAGAAAACGGUCAUCUGAGUUAAAAUUUGACUCGGGCAAAGGCUAGAAACACAAGGAUCUAAUUUGGUUAACAUGGAUUUUACUACAAAUACACUACUCCUGAAAAGUUGAAGUGGGUAAACUGAAAAACCCCCAACAACCCACCUAUUGCUACAGCCCUGUCUGAACUGACUACAGAAAUAUGUUAUCAUACUGGAAGCUGAGGGAAGUUUUCUCAUUUACAUUGUUAAUCACAAGACAUACUUGAAAACUGUAUAUAUUUGUUUUCUUGCCAGCACAUGCCUGCAAGUGAUCUCUCAGCAUGGCUGGGAAAAAACUGCUCUGUGGCAUGGAAUGUGAGUUCAGAAACAGUGUGAGACCUCCCCUGUUGUGAGGAGGUGAGAAAGUUUUUCACAACUGGGCUGAGCAACAGAAUUGCCUGCACAUGUUGAUCUGCAAAGCAGAAUUGGUGUGACCAUCCAGCUCUCAUGUUCACUUGAGAGAGU